UCACAUCUCCGCAGCGCGCUCGGUAACUCUGAUUCUCAUGUCAAUUUUGUGCAUGACAAUUUUGUUGAACAGAAACUGCCUCUUUUUGUAACCAAAUCAGGCUGUCAGUAAGAAGUGUUCCGACUUCGUAAAACAUAAGACAACGAUUCACACUAACAACAUAAUGUCGUCAGCAGCAGGAUUGAUUCCGCCUCCAGUUUCCUGGGCCCAGCGCAAUGACUUGAUCUACGUCAUCAUUGAUGUCGAGUGCAAGGACAUCGAACACAAAGUUACGGAAAAAAGCUUCACUUUCAAGGGCGUGAAUGUGCUGGAUCCGUCGAAGAAGUACGAGGUCACACUGAACUUCCUCCACGAGGUGGAUCCCGAGAAGGUGACCAGCAAGAACAUUGGCCGCUGCCUGGAAUUCACAAUACCCAAGAAGACGGCCGGACCCUACUGGUCCUCUCUCACCACGGACAAGACCAAGUUGCAUUUCCUAAAGGCCAACUUUGCCAAGUGGCGCGAUGAGUCCGACGACGAGGAGGGUGAUCAAAAAGACAACGGCAUGUUCGGCAAUUUCCUUAACAGCCCUGGUGGCGAUUGGAACAACAAGUUCGACGACUUCAACGUCGAUGACGAGGAGGAGGACUCGGAUGACAACAUCCCCAGUCUGUCCCAGAACGACGAGGAUGACGAGGAGGGCGGCGAGGGGGAUAAGGAGAAGAAGCCAGCUGCCUAGACGGUCGCUCAGAUGGUGUCUAGCAAUUUGGCGUAGUCGUAGCGUUAGCCGUGGCUCUUAUACCAUAAGCCAGCACACACGAUCAGAACACUCACUCCUCACAUACACACCAGAAAACAGAAAGAAGAAGCACCCAAUCACUCAUAAGAAACAUCCACAAA